AAGAGGAAGAGCAAGUUGUGGAAAAAGAGAACAAACCACGUAGACGGGUCCGUUCCCCCUCACUGAGGAACACCGACAGGAGAUUGAGCAGAAUGUGGAGACUUUCAACGGGAAAAUAUGUCGAGGAAGAAUUGUUCAAAUUAGGCAAAAGUUUAAACUUUGAACAGUUAAUGUUUAUCUACGUGGCAGAACUAAAUGAAAUUGACUGCGUCCCUGGUCCACAUGUACCAGAGCUUUCGGAUGAUGGAAUUAAUUUUUUAAGCAAAUUCCUUGAUAAGCUUAAACGAAAUUCGAGAGAGCAUAAGAAAUUUGAUGUUCGGGAAAUUCAGAGCGGAAGUUUGAAAGAUGAAAAUCUUGAAACCUGGUUCAAUUGUCAUGUAUGGAACGUGAUCUUUGACCAAGCUUUUGGAGAUCUAAAUGCAAUAUCCGUUGUAAGAGGGGAAAGUAGAAGCUUAGCAUCGGCGUCACGAAAAAAUGCAAAAAGACUGUCGGGAGAACGGCAGAAAAUGGGUCGUAGAGUUGAUUGGGUGUUGAGGUCUGUUAUUAAUGGUGAUAAAGAUGAGUUCGGAGCUGGGAAAGCCGGAAAAAGUUGGACCGAUGAAAGUGGAAUGAAAUUUCUCAAGAAGGCGGGAUUAAAGUUACCUAAGACACUCAAGGAUAUGUUAAUAAAAUUGAUGGCAAAAGUAAAGUGGGAUGAAGAGAUAUGUGCGAAAAUUCAAACGGUUGGAAUAAUUCGCGAUGGUUUGAUGAUUAUGACGGUCUACCUAGACAACCCAAAGAGCUACAUCUGCAGGAUUCGACGUGAACUGAUGGAAGUUCCUGAUAAUGCAGAAGAUUUCCCUUCCAUCCUUACAAUUUUUGCAUCUGUUCUGAUUAUAAAGGCGGUGGUUCGAGAGACGAUAAAGACGGUUCAAGCUAAAAAACAAACAGUCGAAUCAUUUAAAAGAGCCGGGUGUCGAAAGCGACCUCUAGACAAAAACGAGCACCGAAUAUUUUCAUGCUUAUCAACUCCGAAGAAGGCUAAAGUGUGUGCAGAAGCAUAUGCGGAGAAAUCAUAUCCAUCACCCCCGUGUCCUGGAUCACCACAAGAAUCUGAUUUAUUUUCAUACUUGGAAUAG